AGGAAAACACAGACGGUCUCUCAUAAAGUGGCGCUGUUCUUGACAGAUGAUGGCUCUGUCCUGGAGUGUCCUGCUGGCGCUCCUCCUUGCCAGCCUGUCCCUGUCGCGCAGCACUGAGCCCGGAUCGCCGCACGGCAAGAGGCGGCAGGCGCAGGCCUCGGCGGGCGGCAGCAACGCCCUGCAGUACCCUCGACACCCUCUGCAGGGCCACGGAUACGGCAGGGACCGCGGGGCGCACGGCGGCCAGGGGGGCCGCGCCGCCAAAGGCGGAGCCGGACUGCUGUCUCACCGGCCCCUGCACCCGCUGGCCCGGCCCGAGGACGACGGCACGGGCCUGGAAGGUCUGAGCCCGGUCAGGCUGGAGAUGGGCCCGGGCAGGGAGAGGGACCGGGGCCGCGGGGGUGUGAAGGGUCCGUCCGAACCGCGGGAAAACCACCUUCUGGGGACACGCAAGGGCAGAGGUCACGGCCACGGGCACCACUUCGAGCACAGGAGACAGGGAAGCAGACGUGACAAAGGCCGACACAGGAAAGGUUUCCCUCCUGAGCUGGAGCUCAGCUCUGCCCUGAAAGACAGAGACAUGUUGGAGGACCCUCCCUCCUCCUCCGCCACCUCCCCCUCCCUCGGUUUGACCCCACCCGGCGAAUCCCCCUCCCCCAUCUCUGGUGCGUUUGGCUCCGGCUCCUCCAUGGUUACCACGGUGAUGAACGAGCAUCCCCCAACGCUGCCCCCGGCCUCCACCAAACCCCAGAGAUCGGGACGAGAAAGAGGUCAAGGCGAGGUGAUGCCGACGCUGGACAUGGCCCUCUUCGACUGGACAGACUACGAGGACAUGAAACCUGUGGACGCCUGGCCGGCUUCACGGAAGAAAGAUAAGAGGCGCAGUAAAAACCUCAGCAAUGGAAACGUGACUGCAGACGUUGACGUGAUUGAGCCCUGUGAUCACCACCUCGACUGUCUCCCAGGUUCCUGCUGUGACCUGAGACAACACGAGUGUAAACCUCACAACAGAGGCCUGAACAACAAAUGCUACGAUGACUGCAUGUGUGAGGAAGGGCUUCGCUGUUAUGCUAAGUUCCACCGGAAACGACGCGUGACCAGAAGGAGGGGUCGCUGCGUGGUGCCGGACUCCGUGAGCAGCGACCAGGGCGGCUUCAUCACUAUAUGAGGAGGAGGAGGAAGAGGA